CGGCUGGAGCCGGCGAGGGGCGGCUCCGCUCAGGCACGGCGGGGGCAGACGCGGGGGCCUGCGGGCGGCGGGGCGGGGCGGGCGCCGCGCAGAGCCACGCGGGGCAGCGGCUGCGGAGCCGCCGGCGGCGCCAUGGGGGGGCUGGAAAAGAAGAAGUACCAGCGAGGAUCUGCCACCAACUACAUCACCCGCAACAAGGCGCGGAAGAAGCUGCAGCUGAGCCUGCCGGACUUCAGGCGCCUCUGUAUCCUGAAGGGGAUUUACCCCCAUGAGCCCAAGCAUAAGAAGAAGGUGAACAAAGGCUCCACUGCAGCCAGGACCUUCUAUCUCCUCAAAGAUAUCAAAUUCCUCCUUCAUGAGCCCAUCGUCAACAAGUUCCGGGAGUAUAAGGUGUUUGUCCGGAAACUCCGGAAAGCAUAUGGGAAAAGCGAGUGGAGCACUGUGGAGCGGCUGAAGGAUAACAAGCCCAGUUACAAGCUUGACCACAUUGUGAAAGAGAGGUAUCCAACCUUCAUUGAUGCACUGCGGGACCUGGACGAUGCCCUUUCCAUGUGCUUCCUCUUCUCCACCUUCCCACGGACGGGCAAGUGCCACGUCCAGACCAUCCAGCUGUGCCGGCGCCUGGCCUUGGAGUUUCUCAACUAUGUCAUUGCCUCCCGCUCCCUGCGCAAGGUCUUCCUCUCUAUCAAGGGCAUCUACUACCAGGCCGAGGUGCUGGGACAGCCGGUCACCUGGAUCACCCCCUACGCCUUCGCCCACGAUCACCCCACAGACGUGGAUUACCGCGUGAUGGCCACCUUCACCGAGUUUUACACCACCCUGCUGGGCUUUGUCAACUUUCGCCUCUACCACUCCCUCAACCUGCUCUACCCGCCCAAGAUCGAAGGCCAGGCUGAGGCUGAGCUGAAACCCGCGGAGGGCGAGGCGUAUGCCAUGGAUUCGGAGAGCUACCUGGAGAAGCUGUCAGCUCUGAGCGCCAGCUUGACCCGCGUGGUGGCACCAACCCCAGAGGACGACGUGGAGAUGGAUGAGUUCCCUGUGGAGGGGGAGACUGCUGAGCAGAUGGAUGCAAGGAAGAAGGAACAGGAGGCCCUGGAGAAGCAGAAAAAGCUGUUUGAAGGGCUGCGCUUUUUCCUCAACAGAGAGGUCCCUCGAGAGCCUCUGGCCUUCGUCAUCCGGUGUUUUGGGGGCCAAGUGUCUUGGGACAAGUCUCUGUGCAUUGGUGCCACCUAUGAUGUGAGCGACCCAUCUAUCACCCACCAGAUUAUUGACCGGCCCCGGGUGGAGCAGCAGGUUGUUGGCAGGUAUUACCUGCAGCCUCAGUGGGUUUUCGAUUCUGUCAAUGCCAAGCUGUGCCUCCCCGUAGCUGACUAUUUCCCUGGCUUGCUGCUGCCCCCGCACCUCUCACCCUUCGUCACAGAGCAGGAAGGAGACUACAUCCCUCCCGAGAAGCUGAAACUGUUGGCCAUGCAGAGGGGCGAGAACCCAGGUGAAGAGAGCGAGGAGGAGGAGGAAGAGGAGGAGGAUGACAAUGAUGAAGAAGAAGAGGAAGAGGAAGAUGACUCUGAAAAGGAAGAAGAGACGAAAUUGAAGAAGAUGGAAGAGCAGAAGACUCAGAGCAAGGCACUCCCUGUGAAGGUGACAGCUGGCAAGGUGCGGCUGGAGGACAAGCAGCGCCUGGAGCAGGAGCAGCAAAGCGAGGAGAAGCGUCUGGCCAUCAUGAUGAUGAAGAAGAGGGAGAAGUACCUCUACAAGAAGAUAAUGUUUGGCAAGAAACGCAAAGUCCGAGAGGCAAACAAACUCGCCGAGAAGAGAAAAGCCCACGAUAUGGCCAUCAAAGAAGAGAAAAAGAAAAACAAGAAGGCACGACGGGCGUGAUGGCACUUCCAGGGCUCCCCUCGAGGGGGCCAGCCCUGUCGUCAGCGUGCAGAGGCUGGCUGGCUGGACUGGCCUUCGGCCUGCUUGUAGCCUGGCCAUACCUUGCAGAGACCAUCUUGUGUUUGAGUGGAAAUCCCUCCGCUUUGCUCUUGGGGCAAAAAUGCUAAAUUAAAACAUGUCCCUUGUCUGUAAAUAUACCUCCUGCUGUGCCUUUCCCCAGGGCUCUUGGGUUCCCUCAGAUCUCCUCUGCACUGGCCUUUGGAUAGUGUGUGCCAGUGCUGCUGCUCAUCGUGGCUUGUGUGGUGGGAUCAGUGUGACAGGCCUGGCAUGAGGACUGUCAUGUUAAUGCUGCUGCCAUUUCUGCUUCCUAAGCCGCAGGGGCAGCGAGCAGUGUCUGAGGAAGGGGAGGAGGCCAAGGGGAGCGCUGGGUUCUUGCAGGGUGUUCCAGGGUUGUUCAUUUUGAAUUUUCACAGAUGUGGACAGAGGAGAAAGCCAGGCCCUUGUGGCAGAGCAGGAGGUCCCCCGUGGCUGCCUGCCUUGGUUGGAUGUUGUGGUGUUUCUUGGAGGGGAGGAAGGCUCAGUGCAAACAGCAGGGCUCUUGCACCAGCCUUAGGGGAGUGGACCCUGCAGCAGAGGGGAGCCUUUCUUCUCCCCAGCACAGGAGCUGCCCUCCAGCAUCUCUAAGGCCCUUGCGCUCCCCUUCAGUGAUGCAGCCUGUAAACAGUUUCUACUUUUAUCAGACUUUUUUGAUUAAAAAAGGUGACACUUC